CUCCACUUUCGAAUUCCUCCAACAAAUCCUCAGUUUUAAAAUCAUCACGAAACACUGCCAUUGUGCACAAACGAUGCCGCGCGCAUGCUCAUCUGUCCAUCGCUUCGGAUCGUGAGCGACCACAAAUCGAUCCUGCACUUCGACGUCAUACCCGAGGAGCACACUUCCUCCAAGUCGCCGCCAUUUCCCACAGCUGUAGAGCCCAGAUUCCGCUGAGCGCCGUACGAAAAGAUAGCCGCACUGUACGCGUUCGCCAGCCAGCCUUGUGAUCGCCCGAUUGCAACCCGCUCCAGGGUGCCGGGAAUGGCUCUGCUCGCCAGUGUGUAGACGCUCGCAGUGCCGGCAUCAAACAAGAAAAUCAUGGACGAAGACGAUCCUGGACCUUCAAAGCAAAAGUCGAUCGACACGCCGCCGGCGCGCUCGACGCUGACAACUCACCCGCGCAGGCCGCCCGCACACAGAUCCGUUUCUCUAAAGCACUCCUCACGUGGAAACAGCCCCCAGUCGGACGAAGAGCAGCCUCCAUUUCCUUUGGUCAAUAGCGAGGCACGAGGAAGAACGCCAGUAAGCAAUCGUGCCAAUCUUGACUCAUGUUUGUCCUCGAUACCCGUUGCGCCCGACAAGAAUACGAGCUCGGGCGAAAGCAGCAAUGCCGAAAAGUGGUUUGAGAAGUCGAACAACAACGUGCGAACGGGAUCUGCCGAGCUCAUGGAUAACGACCCACCAUUCUUCCUACCAAAUUCGUCCUCCGAGACCUCCCCUGACGCUCUGGAACGCGAACGAGCGAAUCAGCAGUCCGUGGAUAGCUUGCCCCGUCGUACAGGGCUGACGCGCCUUGGACCGUCUACAUCAACUUCAGAGGAUUUCCGAAGCGUGAUCGAUGAUCUGACGAUCCAAAACAAGAAAUUGAAAAGGAGGCUCAAGAAGUACGAGAAGCUGCAUGAUGCGCACCUCAACGCGGACAAGCUGUUCGAAAUCCGUGUUCAUGGACUGCCUCCACACAAGAAACAAGAGCUUGAAGAAACGCUGCGCAAGUUUGCUGCGGGAUUGGAAGGUGUGACGCAGACGAGCUCGUCAGGCCAAGGUUCAUCCGAACACCAGCAGACAUCUCUACCGCCAAGCAUGGAACAGCAGUUAACAGCGGGAUCGUCGCUGGGAAACGUAGACUCCGCAUACGCUUCGGCUUCAGGCCAGAUAUCCUCGGCGCAAGGUAGCAAUCCCGUGACGAAGAAAGAGCCUAGCUUAAGACCAGCCAUGUCUACUUCACAGCAGCGAGACAUACAAAGUUAUCUCUCCGAUAUACCUCAGGGCUUGUUGCCUAAACCUAUUGCGAUGACGGAGAAAUCGAAGAAGAAAUUAAUCGUGCGCCGGCUGGAACAGAUCUUUGCGGGUAAAGGAGCGUCAAAAGACGGUCAUCAGCAGCCCAUGCAACAGGAAGAAAUAUCUCAAUCGGCAGCUCGUGCUGAUCGCUCUGAAUCCGAAGCGAAAGGACAUCCAUUGGGAAGAGAGGGAGCUCGUGAGGCCCGCAUCAUGCAUCACCCUAAAAGACGACCACUGCAGCAUGAAGCGGUACCUAAAGUCGAAGAGACGCAAUCCGAGCCUCAUUUUUCAAAGGUUUCCGAGAGUGCAACAGAGGAGGAUAACGGAGAGGACUCGCCAGAUCAGCGGCCGACGCGUCCACUUGAUCUCGACCCAGAACGAGCACAGAUACCAGAGGAGAAUAUAAAAUAUCUGCGGCAUCUCGGCUUCUCUCCAUUGGAGGCCGGCUCGGAGAAACCCUUAGUCGACGGUCAUGGAUACAUGUACCUAAAUGUGCUGGUCAAUAUGGCGCAGCUUCACACGCUCAACGUUACACCAGAAUUUAUCAGGAAGGCGCUUGAGCAGUACAGCAAGAAGCUCGAAUUGUCCGCUGAUGGGAGAAAGGUGCGGUGGAAAGGCGGUAGUGAGCUUACGCGAACAAGUAGUGAUGGCUCACCGGACGAAAACAGUAAUGCCUCAGGCCAGCCAGCAUCGCAUAUUGACAAGAGGACGAAGAGCUUUUUGGCCAGCGGAAGCGGAGAUGGAUCGAGUACGUCUCUUUCAAAAUCUGCCGUCCCAUCAAAAGAAAAGAAACGAUCGGCGUAUGUCCCCCUGCUCUUUCAUCAGAGCGUGGAUGACAACAGUGACGAUGAUUUAAGUGAGUGGUCCUCGGCUCAAGAUGAUGUGGUUGCCGUUGAAUCAUCUGGCCUUACCAGUUCGGGGGUACGCACUACAUCAUCUAAGAAGAAACAGGUCGCCAAUGGACCCAUUAUCUUCUACAGCAAAGCUCCUUUCGUAACAGAUCUAAGUGGUGAUUCGCGAGGGGCCAAUGUCAACACUGCCAACAUCCAGGAAGACUCUUCAUAUCCAGUCCACGCUGUUGGCAUUUCCAGAUCACCGGAACGAUAUGAAUAUGAAGAAAGCAAAGGCCCAUUGUCACAACCACAAGCCGCGCUUGUAGCGUCGGAUAUGGAGGUGGAUGGGACAACAAGCGAGGAAUCCGUGCGUGGGCUUUCCAAGCCGGCGUCCGUGAAAGGACCUGGAUCUUCCACUGACGAGAGUCCUGAUCCAAUAGGUCUAGCAGCAUCCGGUGUCGGUGGAGUACUGCCAUCAGAUAACUUCGCACUCAACAUUAAGAGCAGGCAUCACCUCGUCCGCGAGCUUGGCUCUGAUGCCAAUACCAAAAACUAUCAUCCACACAUACGCGCCCUCCUCGCUGAGAGGGCUGGAUCUACUUCUAGUGCGGCACAAUCUCGCGCUACAGAUGCGAAGAUCCUCAAAAACAGGCGAAAGGACCUUCCCCCGUCGGAGCUGCCGCCACCGUCGUACUUCCCUAUCUCUUCUCCUGAUGAAGACGAAGAUGAUGAUUACUCAGCCUCUAGCGAAGAAGAAGCGGAUGGACUUUCAGAUUCACCAAUUUACACCGAUCUUCACCUACCGGUAGCUGUACCGAAAGUCUUCAAAGCUCUUGAGCGCACCACUUCUAAUCCCGGCACUGCGCAUGACGCGAUAGAUGGUAGCGAAGAUCAAGACAUUGGUGAUUUUAGUGAGUUAGAGAGCUCUGAAUCGAUCGAUAUGCUUGCCCACGCACGUUUGACCAACCCGGAUCUCGUCAUGCUUGCCGAACGAGAGUACGAUGCAGAGAUUGCCGAGAGGCUUGCUGAGGACAUCCCUGCCGGAAGCUCUGCCGCAACAGCCGGUGGAGGGAGCGGGUUCAACAGCCCGAUCACACCCGACAACAUGAACGUGGAUGGCAUUGAUAUGAGCAGCCAAAAUGUGAGACGUACAUCUAGUAAGGGCGCUGAAGAAAUAGGUGAAGCCUCGCAGCCGCGGCGUGAGUCUCUGAAGAGAGCAAGGCCUUCGGAUGGUGAGAUGAGCCAGGCAAGGCAAUCGAAGAGUCCAAAACUGGGCUAGUAAUGGUGUGCCUUUUAUGGGAAUUUUCUUGUAUGUCUCAGCCAAACUGACUGGCGCUGAGUUUUUUGAAUCCCUCACUUUUCUUUUGGCAUCGAUAACUCUCGGAAGUUGGGUUUCAUUUGGAGUUGGUUGCACUAGCACUGCUUCCCUUGUUCGAGCUUUGAUCCUUUGAUACCCCUCUAACUAUUCUGCGUUCAAAAUUAAUGGUCAUAACGUAUUAACGUCUGGUGUUGUUGGAUCUGCCACAACGCUUCGAGUAUGUCAAUGUUAAGAUAUCUGGUUACUUCGAAGGGUGAUUUGAUUCGCAGAGUGGAUGAAAUGCAAGAAUAAAUCAAGUCUGGUACAUGAGAAGUGCAAAAUAUUUCCCGGCUUCGGAUUCCUUGCUCGUUGAUGAUUUGAAAUGCUGGGUAUAUCUGACCGUCAAAAG